AGGCAGCAGAAACACACACACACACACACACACACACACACGUAGUAGGCGGAGGCAAGAAGCCACACACAUACACACACACAUUGGAGGGAACCCCAUCAGCUGUGGAAAGCAACACAGCUUGAACUUACUUUUAUUUUCAGAUUGCCAGAUUUUGAAGCGAUAUUUUAGAUAUGCGCCAUUGAUGAGUACAGCGAGAGCUCUGUGCUAAAACGUACUUAAUUAUAUUUUAACAAAGACAGCAGUGGAGGAAGAAGAAGAAAAAAAAACAGAAAACACGGACUACAGAAGGUGGCUUUGAAAGCAUGGAAUAUUUCAUGAUGCCGACAGAGAAGCUAUCGUCCUUACAGCAUUUCAAGAAGACGGAGAAGGAUGUUAUUGGAGGUCUCUGCAGCCUGGCCAACAUCCCCCUCAGUCCGGAGACUGCCCAAGACCAGGAGAGACGAAUCCGCCGGGAGAUUGCCAACAGCAAUGAACGCCGGCGCAUGCAGAGCAUCAACGCAGGCUUCCAGUCCCUCAAAACACUCCUGCCCCACACAGAUGGAGAGAAACUCAGCAAGGCGGCCAUCUUGCAGCAGACAUCGGACUACAUCUUUGCCUUGGAGCAGGAAAAGACACAGCUUCUGGCACAGAACAACCAGCUCAAACGUUUCAUCCAGGAGUUUAGCGGCUCAUCGCCCAAAAGGAGGCGAGCAGAGGAGAAGGAUGAAGGGAUCGGGUCUCCAGACACAUUAGAGGAGGAGAAAGUCGAGGAGGUGAGGAGGGAGAUGUUAGAGCUGCGACAGCAACUGGACAAGGAACGCUCGGCUCGUAUGCAGCUGGAGGAACAGGUGCGAUCUCUGGACACCCAGCUGCAGCCAGAGCGUCUGAAGGUAAUCACUCAGCAGGUGGAGGAGGAGCAGGCGCUCAUCCAGAGCCAGACGCUGUUACGGCUGCAGCAGAUCCAUGCCGCUGACAGACAACCACACAGUCCACAGGUACUGGCUCCUCCCACUCCCCCUGCCCCAACCCACCACCCCACUGUCAUCGUUCCAGCCCCAACACUAACCCAGCACCCCCACCAUCACGUCACUGUGGUGACCAUGAGCCCAUCUGUCCACACGGGCACUGUGUCUACGUCCAGACAGAACCUGGACACUAUUGUGCAGGCCAUCCAGCACAUUGAACGUGCACAGGAGAGGAGAGCAAGCGCAGAGGAGGAGCAGAGACGAGCAGUCAUCGUCAGCCCUGCCCACAUCGCCAUGGAUACUGCCUGCUCAGACACAGACACCGACACGGAGGCCGAAGACUGCUCAAUGAACUGAUCGCCCCAUGAACUCACAAACACACACAAACACUUAAAAUACCUACUCACUGUAAGAUUCCCUCCAGGAGCGCAACUACUUUAAAAAACUAAAAACUAAAAAAAAAUCUUUCUUUGGCAUUAUCCAAACUCCUAAAUCCAGUGGUUAAGCUCUGUGUCAGUCACGUACUGUAAAAUCUCUGAAGAUUAAAAACAUAGGAUGGUCAGCGUGCAGGGGAGGCCUGGUAAGGUUGUUUUCAAUGUCAGAGCCGGUCUGUGGCUACUUGAAAACUUGAGGGUCUCCACGUGUAAAAAGCUAUCAGCAUCAGUCCGUCCAUGUGUGUUAUGUGUGCUGCACAUAGUCACAGUAUCACACUUAACUGUUGUCAAUGGCUUGCUGACAGUAUUAUUUGUGCUACAAAUUGACCAAGCCAGUACAGUGGAGAGUUGAAUGUAAUGACACAAUAAGCAAGCAGCUCUUAAUUCUGAAAGGGGAUAGGGAGGUAUUUCUUCCCCAGUCUUAAUUGGUUUGUUUUUCUUUGUUUCCACCACGAAACCCAACUUAAAACUACAACCAAAAGCAUUUUUAAAUUAAUUAAAAGUUAGGGAAAAAUUCAAACUUAAUUGCAAACUUAAUUUGAUAAUGGAUGUUAAAUAAAAUGUCUGAUUUACUUGAAAGAAGGUUGUAUUUCUGAUAUCUAAAUAAGCCCUUAAAAAUAAGCUGUUGAACAAUAUACAUUGAUUGUCCUUUUGAUUUUAAUGUUUUUCAUGUUUUUAACAUUUUCUUUCUGUCAGGGUUACUGAAUGUCGAAGGUGAGCAUUUUGUUAGAUUAAUAUUAACAACUUAAAAUUGGAGGUCAGUCAGGUUUUCACUGAGAACUGGAGGCCUUUAGAUGAAUUCUGAAAGUCUGAUUGAAAUUUGAAGCCCACCCAAGUCAGCCCGCUCAUUUUGUAUCUGCUGGUGGUGAUUGUUGCACCUCUGACUUAAA